UAAUGGUGUGCAGCUUGAGCGGGCCAUAUAAAAAACUAGGCAGCACCAGCAAGAGGCGCAACAAAAAAUCACGGCGUCUUUCGGAGUGGAGUGCGCCCAGAUCACAGACCGGGACCGGACGCAAAUGAGCAUUCAUAGCUGAUAUUUCAUCCGUUACUUAAUUAUGACAUUGUUCCACGUCUCCUGCGGAUUAGUUUUUAUGUAAUCUUAGUUUCCGUCUCCUUAUAUUUUAUUCGAUUAUAAGUGUAAAAUUGCUUUGUGGUCACAUGGGGAGUGGAGUCAUUUUUAUUAGGCAGUUGAACGGCUUUUCUGUUCUGUAAAGUGGAUAUCAGCAUGCUCUUAAACGCCAAAAGACAGAAAACAGUGGAAGUUUAAGAUCACAGAGAUGCAGGCGACGAGUUGGUGCGCGAUUGUCCUGCUAGCGCCUGCAAUCUGCAUGGUUUUCUGUGCCAGCACAUCACUUCCCGGGAAGUCGGUCCUUCUUGCAGGAAGCCCUAAGUCUACAUUACAGCAGAUAUGGACAGGAAGCACUAAGGACUUGUCCAUCAGCCGCCUCUUGUCACAGGCUCUCGGUGGGAAGGAGAAUGGCAGUUCCCUGGACCUGCAGUACAAAACACCACAGCCUUACUCAGAGCAGGACUUCUGGGACUGGCUCCGGAACUCCACGUACCUCCCGGAGUCCCGCUUCCGAGCCAAGCGGCGUCCCAUCGUCAAAACUGGGAAAUUCAAGAAAAUGUUCGGCUGGGGGGACUUUCAGUCCAACAUCAAGACGGUGAAGCUGAACCUGCUGAUCACUGGUAAGAUUGUGGACCACGGUAAUGGGACGUUCAGCGUCUACUUUCGCCACAACUCCACCGGACAGGGGAACGUGUCCGUCAGCCUGGUGCCGCCCACCAAGAUCGUGGAGUUCGACAUGGCGCAGCAGUCGGUCAUCGAUGCCAAAGAUUCCAAGUCGUUUAACUGUCGCAUUGAGUACGAGAAGGUGGACAAGGCCACGAAAACGACGCCCUGCAAUUAUGACCCUUCGAAGACGUGCUUCCAGGAGCAGACGCAGAGUCAUGUUUCGUGGCUCUGUUCGAAGCCUUUCAAAGUCAUCUGCAUCUUCAUUUCCUUCUACAGCACCGAUUACAAGCUUGUGCAGAAAGUUUGCCCGGACUACAACUACCACAGUGACACUCCGUAUUUUCCAUCCGGCUAACACCUCAACUGUGAAUGUGGAAUAGCAGCAAAGUGAAACGUCUGCCAUCCUACUGUCCAGAAAGUGUCUGCGAUAGAAAUUUAAAUUAAGGGUAAUUGAUUAUAUGACAGCAAAUAUUUAACAAUUCAUUUUUACAACUAAAGGAACACAAUGACAAGGGUUACCUAUCAAUGUGGAAAGAUCAAAGAAAGCUAAAAUAUUAAUACUGGAAGCUUUCAAUUACAUAAUUCCAUAGCAAAUGUAAUUUGUUUCAAAUUAUUUUGGUAUAACAGAAUUUGCACAUUUUUAUUUCUUUACUCCGGACAGCUUCUUCAUAUAUAUUUUUUAUUAAACAUUCUUGUGAAAUUCAUGCGUACAUCUUUUUCACAUCACACAAUCAGUUUUUUGUGUACCAGUGUUGGUAUUUCCAUUGCAUAAGCUUAUCAAGCUUUUCCACCAGAUAAAAAUUUUGUGCCUUUUAUUUUUCUUUGAUAAUAAAAACUUUUAUAAUUGUAUAGUCAGAGCAAAGUGAAUUAAUACAUUGGGGCCAGGGAUAAUCAAAAAAAGCUUAGGGUUGAUUGUGUUGUUACAUUUUUGCUUUAUAUUACAUCAGGAAAACAUUUUAUUUGUACAACAAUGAUUUUUUUUUUACUGGUGUUAAAGCUUGACACAAUUCAUGAGUGUCACGUGUUGCAAGCCACAAUGUCAUUAAGUCUGUCCCCGACUUACGGGUUCCAUUCCAAAAGUCUUAAGUAUGGGCGUAUGUCGGGAUAGGGUAAUCACACUGACCCUUAGGGCAACCACACUGACCCUUAGGGCAAUCACACUGACCCUUAGGGCAACCACACUGACCCUUAGGGCAAUCACACUGACCCUUAGGCAUGAGAAAGACGCGGAGAUGCGUGUGAGGCUGGGAUGGUUGUGCUGCCAUAUAGCGCUUUCCCAUAACAACUAGCAGUGCACAGUACAGAAUGCAGUACAGUAGCAUAGCGCUGCUAGGCGAAUGGCUGCCUGAAAUUUAUUUUUACAUAUGUUAACUUUAAAAAAAAAAAGUCACAUAGAUUGUAAGUCGGGGACAGUCUGUAUCAGUCAGUCCACUAGAUCAGGGGUCACCAACAUGGUGACCAGGACGCCCCCAAGGACCACAUGAGUGGCCCGCGGACCUGUUCUAAAAAUAGCACAACUCACCAG